UAUUCGUAGAGGGAGAGUCAGUUGUACUUCCUUACCAUUUGUUUUACCAGCUUGGUUUGUAAAUAGUCGAAAUGGGCAGACACUUAUAUAUUAACUUAAAUUUCUUGGUUUCAUUAUGCGUUUAACAAAUUUCCUAGAGCAAACAAAACCGAAUAAACUGUACUUGGUGUUAUAUAUAAUAUGUUUUGCAACUUAUUUGAGCUAAUUGGCUCCCCCUCUUGGCGGGAUAUAAUCCUGCACAAUGAAUGAAUCGCCUAUUGUCGUUCUAUGUGUUUGUAUUCCGCCCUAUCAGCGCGUUCAGGGGCCAUAUUGUUGAUGUGUCACUCGGAAGGAGAUCACGAAGUUGACACUCACUAUAUCUUAUUGUAGAAGGUUUAUUUCAUUUAAAUGGAUUUAACAUGAACGGGAGAGCUGUGUCCUGAUUAUGGAAAACCACGCCUCUGUCAAAUCUGUGUGCUUUAAAUCGUGAAUUUCGGACAGCAGGUGUUUGUUGAUUCCAGGCCAGUAGUGGAAGUGAAGGAGAGCAUGGAGCUAUCAGACUGUCAAAGCGAAGAGAGCCCUUCAUCCAACCCCACCCAAAGUCCAGAGGUCACAGUGGUUCCAAAAGAGUCAUCUAAUGUCAUCAGCAAUGGUGAUGAACUCGUUUUAAAGGAACAGGAGGAAGAUGCUGAGCUGGACAGUCUUGAGCUAGACACUACUUUAUCUUUAGAUAGUGUGGACAAAGAAGGUCAGAGACCUGACAUGCACUUGAAAGUCCAGCAAGAUGGAGAUGACGCGCAGGGAGAUGGGAACACUAGCUGUGACAGUGGAACAGCCUCCAUUGACGAUUCCAGGACACCUCCGGCUCUUUACGACAAUACUGCAGGGUCACUUCCCGUUAUCCUCGAUGGAGGACCUACAUUUUCUGGCCCAGAGAAGCCAGCAGUUUUACCAGAUGCAGAGAAUGAGACUCAAAAUGAGGUCUCUCUGAAUGAUUUUUCGCCCAGCCACACUUUAAAUGGGCCAACAGAACUUCAACACACAAAUAACCAGACUCCUACACAAGAUACCCCAGGUCUUCAAGGGGAGAAACCUCCUGCCCAUGUGGCACCUAAAAAUGUAGUACCUCAAAAUUCACACUCCAAUUCAAAUAUGAACCCAUAUGACACGGACUGUAGCCGUAAACUGAUGUCUGAGAUUCAGAGAUCUCUGUCUCAGGAGUCUUUGUUGGAUGAGUUGGAAGACGAACUGUUGGAAGGCGUCCGAAAAGGAAGCCCACCCAACGGCCUCCCCAAGGACAAGGACUCUGUGGUUUUAUUGGAGAAGUGUGUGCAAUACAAAUACUCCCAACAGGAGAAAGCCAUCAAGAGGUUGCUUGAUGAAAAUAAAAAACAUCAGGAGCUGAUUUUGGGCAUCUGCUCUGAGAAAGACAACAUGAGAGAGGAGCUCAAGAAGAGGAUGGAGACAGAGAAACAACAUCUUAGCACCAUUAAUAAGUUUGAAAGCCGGGUGGAGGAACUUUUGAAGGAACUCAGAGACUCAAGGGACAAACUGGUUCACCAGGACCAGGCUGCCAAGAAUGCCAUCCAACAGAUGCAGAAGGAUAUGGCCUAUCGGCUCGAACAGGUCAAUAAGAAAUGCGAAGAGGCGCGUCAGGAAAAGGAGACAAUGGUGAUGAAGUAUGUGCGUGGAGAGAAGGAGGCCUUGGAUCUGCGUAGGGAGAAGGAACAGCUGGACAAGAAGCUACGGGAGGCCACAGCAGAGGUAGACAAACAGGCCCGGCGUGGAAACACACUUGCUCAAGAGAAAGGACGCCUGCAACAGCUGUAUGAUGCCAAGGAGAAUGAGGUGACAAGACUGUCUCGCGAACUGGAGAAAGUGAAGGAAGAAAUCAAUUCUCAUGUCAUCAAAGUGAAGUGGGCACAAAACAAACUGAAGAGCGAAACGGACAUGCACAAGGAAACAAAAGACAAGCUAAGGGAAACAACUGCCAAGCUGACUCAAGCAAAGGAGGAGACUGAGCAGAUUCGCAAGAAUUGCCAGGACAUGAUCCGCACAUACCAGGAAUCUGAGGAGAUUAAGUCAAAUGAGUUGGACGCAAAGCUGCGGGAGACCAAAGGAGAGCUGGAGAAGCAAAAACAAGAGCAGACUGACCAGCUAGAGAUGCACAAAGCUAAGAUUAAAGAGUUGGAGGAUCUGAAGAGGACUUAUAAAGAAGGCAUGGAUGAGCUCACCACGCUGCGGACCAAGGUUAAGUGUCUGGAGGACGAAAGACCUCGCUGGGAAGACGAGCUUUGCAAAUACAGAGAGAUUAUUAACAGACAGAAGACGGAGAUCCAGAACCAGAGAGAAAAACUCGCCACCAUCACUAAACUAGAGGAGCAGCACCAAAGGGAUGAGCAAGAGAUCGCAUCCUUGCGGGAGGAGGUGGAGAACCUGAACUCUCAGAUCACUGACCUGCAAAAGGACAUUGAGGGCAGCAGAACGAGAGAGGGCGAGCUUCUGGGCUUCACUGAGAAGUUGAGCAGUAAAAAUGCUCAUCUGCAGUCGGAGAGCAACAGCUUACAGUCUCAACUGGACAAACUAACCAGCAGCUCCAGAGAACUCCAAAGCAAGCUGGAGGAGACUGAAAGAUCACUUGCCGAGAUGACAAAGAGGUUGAAGAAAGAGGAGCAGGAAAGGCAGCAGGAGGUACAUGCGCUGCAGACAGAAAGAACAGAGCUGCAGGCUGAGAUGUCACUACUGAAGACGCGUGUGGAUGAACUACGAGAUGAGCUCGUCACACAGAAGAGAAAACAGGCAGCCAACAUCAAAGACCUCACUAAGCAACUGACACAAGCUCGUAAGAAGUUGGAUCAGGUGGAGAAUGGAGGUUGUGAUCGUGAAGGCAGCAGUAUGGGCAGUCGCUCGAGUUCCUCAGAAACCUACCCAUAUUUGAGAGGUGAUAAAAAGAGAAUAAAUGAAGGCUCUUUAAAUGCACGCGGCAGCAGUAUGGAUGAUCGUUCUCCGGAGAAUCAGUCCGGUUCUUCUGUGGUGGUGGUGGACAGCUUCCCUGAGGUGGACAAAGCUGUGCUGGUGGAGCGCAUUGUGCGGUUGCAGAAAGCACAUGCUCGCAAGAAUGAGAAGAUUGAGUUCAUGGAGGACCACAUCAAACAGCUGGUGGAGGAGAUCAGAAAAAAGACCAAGAUUAUCCAAAGUUAUGUGCUGAGAGAAGAGACUGGAGCGCUGUCUUCAGAAGCCUCGGACUUUAACAAAGCAAACCUGAGCCGGAGAGGUGGCAUCAUGGCUUCCCUCUACACAUCCCAUCCCGCCGACAGCGGGCUAACUCUCGACCUCUCGCUGGAAAUCAAUCGCAAACUCCAGGCGGUGCUGGAGGACACGCUGCUCAAGAACAUCACGCUGAAGGAGAAUCUCCAGACAUUGGGUUCAGAGAUCGAACGACUUAUUAAACAACAACGGGUGCCUCCAGGUAGUGAGUCCGGUAGGAAGUGAUCGGGAAUGGGUAAUUACCAAAACAACACAUGCUGCGGGACAAAGCCGGAAGCAUCUUUUGGAAUCAAACCCAAGAUUGGUCUGAUAGAUACACUGGAGGCAAAGUUCCCUUAAAAAUAAGGUCUAAACUGAGCCAAACACCCUGAACUUCUAUGGCAGAUGAAUGGUAGAGCCUUUGCUCUUAAACUUUAUCUUUCUUCACAACGUGCCCAACAUCCAGACUUCCUUCAAAUCUUUAAUUUUCUCUAUAUGGGGAUGAUUUCAUUUUCACCCUCUCUUUUGGAGCCCUGUGCCGCGUAGAGACCACUAUACGAACAUAUGCCCAGUCAUAAAUCCAACACCGAACUAUAUGAAGUUGGGUAAAUGAAUGAAUAUUGUUAUAAAUGUGGUCUUUCAAAAGAACAAAAUGUGGUGGAUUAAUGGAGGACCACUAUACUUUGCAUCUCCUUAGAGGCUUUCAAAGGACAAAAUCCUCUAUUCACCGCAUCGUAGGUUAAUGGCCGAUGUUCAGCGCUCUCCCUUAUCCCUCAUACAAAUGUGCCAAUAAUGAAUGUGUUAUGUAAUGAGACGGAUCCUAGCGUGUAGUACACCCAUGAGUGUGGCCACCAUUCCCCAUAUGCCCUGCUGCUAGGUAACGGCUAUACCCAGAUAGCCUAUCUCUUCCACCGGCCUUGAAAAGCACUUAAGCAAGGAGAGCCGUGCCAAAAAAUACAACUUCCUGAAUUAAGCGUGUCAUUUUGAAGUUCAACACAUUAAUCAAAAUGCAUAACUGUCUCGGAUGUUGAUACGUCUAGGUCUGGUCUUAAAUGAGCUUUGCUUUUUUUAUAAUAUAUUUUCUCUAUAUAGAUUUAAUUUAGAUUUUCCAUUUCUAUCCGCUUAUUUGUUUUGUGCAGAAACUAGCUAAUCUUUAUUUUUUAUGUAUGUGAAUUUUCGAUGCUGCUUUCAAGAUGCUGUUUUGUUUAGUCGCUCCCGAAAGAGAAAAACGUAACAACCAGGUGAAAAUGAAGAAGACGAUGUAAAUACUAAAGGGCAAAAGUGCAAUUUUACCGCCCUCUCUCUUAACCUGGAAAUCUGCAGAGCUGCAGUCUGAGACUCCCAAGCAAAUAUUCAAGCGUAACAUUCAAUUCCUCUGUGAUGUAACUAUAUGGUAAAAUCAUGCGGCGCUGAAUCCAUUCCAGCCGUUGAAAUGCGAUUGCCUGAGGCAUCGCUGCUCCUCUUAUCCCUCCGUUUCGCCCAGCGUCAUGAAAGAUCAUGUCCUUGGAUGCUUUUUAUGGAUUUUCAAUGCUCACCAGAUUGUAACAAGCUGAUUGAGGACAUCAACGCGAAUGAUUGGCAUUUUCGUGCAGUGGUCUCUGGGCUUUCCCCUCCUUGGGCUACUGUACAAAAAAAGUCAUACCCAUACACUGUGAUAAAGAGUUUGUAUACUAAAGUCGGCAAAAUAGCUUGUCAUGGUCACAUCGGCUAUUCCAACGUUCAGAGACUCCCAGUUCCCAAACACAUUGCAGACAUUCCAUAAAGAAGUAUGAAGGAAAUUAUGGAGUGCUUGCUGGAAAAUUAAAGCUUAGAUUUAAACAGACCCCUGAUAUUAGAGUGAAGACUCUCCAAACUGUCAAUAAUGUUGGAUACAUUUAUAAUUUAUUUAAUGUCAUGAAUUAUGAUAAGAAAGAUCUCUUGAAGUAUGUAUGUAUGUAUGUACUGUGUGUGUGUGUGUGUGUGUGUUACGUGAAUCGAAACUGACGGAGAAAAAAAGUUGAUUGUGUUUCUGGUCUCUUAUCUGUGCUCUGCUUGACUGUAUAGUGAGUGAAACUGUGAUUAUAAAUUUGUAGAUAUAUUGUAUAAUGGUCCAAUGUUUUUAAACCUCUGAAUAUCGAUUAUUUUGUAUAUAUAUAUGGCGUUUCAAGGGGAUUAAAUGAAAAUAUUACAA